AUGGAGGUAGAUGAUUUUUUAAAGUACAACAACUUGAAUAUACCAAAAGAUAAAAUUAAAAACUUGCACAAUAACAAAAUAGGGAUACUCAUAACAAACUUAGGCAGCCCUGCAAAACCAACCUAUUGGGCGCUGUUCAAAUACUUGUCACAAUUCUUGGGGGACCCAAGAGUUGUUAAGCUCAAUCGAUUUUUAUGGCUUCCCAUAUUAUACGGAUUUGUGUUACCAUUUAGGAGUGGAAAGUCUUCAUUAAAAUAUAAAAGCAUAUGGACAGAGGAAGGAUCACCUUUAUGUGUUAACACUCAUAAGCAGUAUUUAGCCUUAAAAGAACGUUUAUUUGAAAAAUACAGGGAAAAGGUUACAAUAAGCUACGGUAUGAGAUACGGUGAAAGGUCUAUAAAGAAAGGGCUGAAUUAUUUAAAGGGGGAAAAUAUAAAUAAACUCUUGGUGGUACCAUUAUAUCCUCAGUCAGCUGAAUGUACAGUGGCUUCAACCCUAGAUUGCAUAAGUCAUAAUUUAAAAAGUUGGAAUAACCUUCCAGAGAUAAGAUUUCUAUCUGGUUAUUGUCUUAAGGAAAAAUAUAUAAAUUGUAUGAAAGAAAAUAUAGAAAAUUACUGGGAAAAAAAUGGCAAGGGGAAAAAAUUAAUAAUUUCUUAUCAUUCUUUACCUACGAAAAUUGUACAAGAUGGUGAUAUGUACCCUUUUUUUUGUAUUGAAAGUACUAACAGAUUAAUUGAAAAAUUAAAUGUUAAAAAGGGGGAUUAUAUUUUAGCUUUUCAGUCAAAAAUUGAUGGUAAUAAAUGUAUUCAACCGUAUAUUGAAGAUGUCCUAAGAAAAUUAUCAUUAGAGGAUGGAUGUGACUCGGUAGAUGUAGUAUGCCCUUCUUUUUCUUCUGAUUGUUUAGAAACACUUGAAGAAAUUCAAAUAUAUUAUCAACAAUUAUUUCAAAAGUAUAAUAAAGGGAAAUUAAGAUACAUAAGUUGUUUAAAUUAUUCAAAAAUUGGUAUAGAUCUUCUAAUGAAUAUUAUCGAAGAGAACAUCACUGGUUGGUGA